AUGAAUCAUAUUACAAAGCAAGUUCCUGGAGCUUUUUUCAUAGAUGGUCCUGGUGGAACAGGAAAAACCUUUCUAUAUAAUGCUUUAUAUGCAGAGAUAAGACUAAUGAAUAGGAUUGUUCUGCCGACAGCAACAUCGGGUAUAGCAGCAUCUAAUAUUCCUUCUGGAAGAACUGCACAUUCGCGCUUUAAAAUUCCACUCGAUCCUCUUGAGUCACGUGCCUGUAAUGUGCCCAAGCAAGGUAAAAUUGUUGUCUUUGGAGGAGAUUUUAGACAGGUUCUUCCUGUUGUGCCUAAAAAAACACAAACCGAGGCAGUUGCUGCUAGCUUGGUUAGCUCUGCUUUGUGGCCACAACUUAUGAAGUUUAGGCUAACAGAAAAUAUUCGAGCCAGGCAUGAUCCAGUGUAUGCAGCUUUUUUGCUGGCACUUGGAAAUGGAGAGCUGCAAGAUUCUGAAAAUGCAUUUGUUCAGCUGCCAUCAGAGAUUAUACAGCCUUAUGAUGCUGCCACACCUCAGGAUCUGCAUUUGACUUCAGCUGCUUUUCCAGAGAUGGAUAUGCCUCUGUUUAGCGCAGAUAUAUUCACUACUAGAGCUAUAUUAACACCAGUCAAUGACAAUGUUGAUGUUAUAAAUGAUAUAUUAAUAGGCAAGUUCCCUGGUGAAACAGUGGUCUACAAGAGUUAUGAUUCAAUGAUUGAUGAUAAUUGUUCCAUAUACCCCAUUGAAUUUCUAAAUAAUAUAUGUCCUGGUGGCAUGAGUCCUCAUGAGCUUAUAUUAAAACCCAAUAGUCCUGUUAUCCUGCUGCGUAACAUUCUGCCAUCAUCUGGUCUUUGCAAUGGAACAUGCCUGAUAUGCAAAAAGUUCUUUUCAAAUCUCAUUGAAUGCGUUAUUGUUGUUGGCCAUCACAAAGGAGAGCAUGUACUGAUACCAAGAAUUAAUCUAAGGCCAUCAGAAUCCUCAGCUUAUCCUUUUCAGUUUCAGAGAAAACAAUUCCCCAUAAAGCUUAGCUUUGCAAUGACUAUCAACAAAGCUCAGGGGCAAACACUUAACAAAGUUGUUGUUUAUUUGCCACGAUCAUGCUUUUCGCAUGGCCAACUAUAUGUUGCACUUUCUCGGGCUCGUCAGGCAUCAUAUGUCAGUGUUAUAACUGACAUCAAUGCUGAAAAACCAAGUUUGGCUCAUGCUAUACUAUUUUGCAAUACAGAUAGUUUUUCUGAGCAUGUCAUAGUUCAUGAAUUAGCAUACUGGUUAAUUUUCAAAUUAUGUGUUCAAAGAAUAUUUUGCUAA